GGAACUGCGCCAGUCCUAGACGCCAGACCCGCUCGGACCCUCCCGCCAGGUGACAGCCGCCAUCAUGGGGUCUUGGGCCCUGCUGUGGCCUUCCCUGCUGCUUACCGGGCUGCUCGGCCGACCCCCGGGGACCGUGGCCCAGGCCCAGUACUGCUCUGUGAACAAGAACAUCUUUGAAGUAGAGGAGAACAAGAAUGUCACCGAGCCGCUGGUGGACAUCCACGUCCCGGAGGGCCAGGAGGUGACCCUCGGACCCUUGUCCACCCCCUUCGCAUUUCGGAUCCAGGGAAACCAGCUGUUUCUCAAUAUGACUCCUGAUUACGAGGAAAACUCACUGCUUGAGGCUCAGCUGCUGUGUCAGAGCGGAGGCACACUGGUGACCCAGCUGAGAGUGUUCGUGUCAGUGCUGGACGUCAAUGACAACGCCCCCGAAUUCCCCUUUACGACCAAGGAGAUAAGGGUGGAGGAGGACACGAAAGUGAACUCCACCGUCAUCCCUGAGACGCAACUGCAGGCCGAGGACCGUGACAAGGACGACAUUCUGUUCUACACCCUCCAGGAAAUGACAGCAGGUGCCAGUGACUACUUCUCCCUGGUGAGUGUAAACCAUCCCGCCCUGAGGCUGGACCGGCCCCUGGACUUCUACGAGCGGCCGAACAUGGCCUUCCGGCUGCUGGUGCGGGACACUCCGGAGGAGAAUGUGCAACCCAGCCACACUGCCACCGCCACGCUGGUGCUGAACGUGGUGCCUGCCGACCUGCGGCCCCCCUGGUUCCUGCCCUGCACCUUCUCAGACGGCUACGUCUGCAUCCAAGCUCAGUACCACGGGGCUGUCCCCACGGGGCACACACUGCCAUCCCCCCUCGUCCUGCGUCCCGGACCCAUCUACGCUGAGGACGGAGACCGCGGCAUCAACCAGCCCAUCAUCUACAGCAUCUUUAGUGGAAACGUGAAUGGUACAUUCGUCAUCCACCCAGACUCGGGCAACCUCACCAUGGCCAGGAGUGUCCCCAGCCCCGUGACCUUCCUUCUGCUGGUGAAGGGCCAACAGGCCGACCUCGCCCGUUACUCAGUGACCCAGGUCACCGUGGAGGCUGUGGCUGCAGCUGGGAGCCCACCCCGCUUCCCCCAGAGCCUGUACCGUGGCACUGUGGCGCUUGGCGCUGGGGCGGGCGCUGUGGUCAAGGAUGCAGCUGCCCCCUCUCAGCCUCUGAGGAUCCAGGCUCAGGACCCAGAGUUCUCGGACCUCAACUCGGCCAUCACGUAUCGAAUUACCAACCACUCACACUUCCGGAUGGAGGGAGAGGUUGUGCUGACCACCACCACACUGGCACAGGCGGGAGCCUUCUACGCAGAGGUUGAGGCCAACAACACGGUGACCUCUGGCACUGCGAUCACAGUCAUUGAGAUACAAGUUUCCGAACAGGAGCCCCCCUCCACAGAUGUCCCCCCAUCCCCAGAGGCUGAAGGAACAACCGGGCCCUGGACCGGCACCACUUCCGAGGCCCCCAGACCCCCUGCGCCCUCCCAGGGACCCUCCACGACCAGCUCUGGGGGAGGCACAGGCCCUCAUCCACCCUCUGGCACAACUCUGAGGCCACCAACCUCGUCCACACCCGGGGGGCCCCCGGGUGCAGAAAAUAGCACCUCCCACCAACCAGCCACUCCCGGUGGGGGCACAGCACAGACCCCAAAGCCAAGAACCUCUCAGCCGAUGCCCCCCGGUGUGGGAACCAGCACCUCCCACCAACCAGCCACUCCCGGUGGGGGCACAGCACAGACCCCAAAGCCAGGAACCUCUCAGCCGAUGCCCCCCGGUGUGGGAACCAGCACCUCCCACCAACCAGCCACUCCCGGUGGGGGCACAGCACAGACCCCAAAGCCAGGAACCUCUCAGCCGAUGCCCCCCGGUGUGGGAACCAGCACCUCCCACCAACCAGCCACACCCGGUGGGGGCACAGCACAGACCCCAGAGCCAGGAACCUCUCAGCCGAUGCCCCUCAGCAAGAGCACCCCAUCUUCAGGUGGCGGCCCCUUGGAGGACAAGCGCUUCUCGGUGGUGGACAUGGCAGCCCUGGGAGGGGUGCUGGGUGCGCUGCUGCUGCUGGCUCUCCUUGGCCUCGCCGUCCUUGUCCACAAGCACUAUGGCCCCCGGCUCAAGUGCUGCUCUGGCAAAGCUCCGGAGCCCCAGCCCCAAGGCUUUGACAACCAGGCGUUCCUCCCUGACCACAAGGCCAACUGGGCGCCCGUCCCCAGCCCCACGCGCGACCCCAAGCCCACGGAGGCACCGACGCCCGCAGAGCCCGAGCCCCCCGGCCCUGCCUCCACAGGCGGUGCCCCUGAGCCCCCCGCAGCGGCCCGAGCUGGCGGAAGCCCCACAGCAGUGAGGUCCAUCCUGACCAAGGAGCGGCGGCCGGAGGGCGGGUACAAGGCCGUCUGGUUUGGCGAGGACAUCGGGGCAGAGGCAGACGUGGUCGUUCUCAACGCGCCCACCCUGGACGUGGAUGGCGCCAGCGACGAGGGCAGCGGCGACGAGGGCAAGGGUGCGGGGAGGGGUGGGGGUCCCCACGAUGCGCCUGGUGGCGAUGACUCCUAUAUCUAAGCAGUCCCUCCACCCUCUCCCCCGGCCACGUGGGCACUGGAGGUCCCGCUCCCCCAACCUUCAACCCGAGGCAGAAUAAAGCGAGGCUCCCGAAACUCAGGCCAUGGCGUGGGGCAGGUGCGCGGGUCCACGGGGGCCCCAUUCACUCAUGUCCCCCAUCGUCAUCAGCGCUUGAGCCCGGGUGUGCAGAUGGGGGCGGCGGGUCUGGCCACGCUGUCCCCACCCCAAGGCUGCAGCACUUCCCGUAAACCACCUGCUGUGCCUGCCGCCUUCCCGAGGCUCCGUGCCAGCUGGCCUGGGAAGUUCCUCUCCCGCUCUAACCACAGCCCGAGAGGGGGCUCCCCUCCCCCCACCUGCACCGGGGACCUCCCGCUCCCGACCCUACACAGAGAUUGCCUGGGGAGGCUGUGGAGACGAUGCAAACCCCCAGGACGAUGCACUUGGGAGCCGGUGGUCUCAAACACCUGCCGGGGGGCCUAGUCCCCUUCUGAAAUCUACAUGCUUGGGUUGGGGCACAGCAGUAAACAACCCGCCCAGAGGCCUGGACUGAGGUGCGCUGGGGGUGGGUGUGCCGUGUGGCCUGAGCAGGAGCCGGACCAGGAGGCCUAGGGGUGAGAGACACAUUCCCCUCGCUUCUCCCAAGGCCGGAGCCUAGGCUGGGUGCCCAUGCCCAGAACCAUCAAGGGGUCCCUUGUGGCUUGUCAGCACUUUCUCUAAUGAAAAUACACCAUUAAUUCCUUUCCAAA